UUUUGCCGCCGGUAAAGAACGCGCAGUCACCCAACCCUUCUUGCCCUUAUAUACAUAGCUCGUCCCAUUACGCGCUAAAACAACACCGCCACCGACCCGCAUGGGUGCAUCACGAGCGCGCCGGCGGGGAGCGUCAUGUUGCGUGCAUAUAGCAGAUACAAUCAUGGGGCGUGAGCAGCAAAGUCACAAGGGUGACGGCGGGUACUCACAACUCGUGACUGUAUGACGACCUCGUCGCUAAAUUUCUUGACCCCUUCGCUCAUCCACGUAGGGUCGCAUUCGCGACUCUUCUCGUAUGCCUCCCAUCACGAACGCUAGAAGAUAUGAUUGAUGCCGGGCGGCACCCGUGGCUAUUGUAGUUGCACCUACAUUUGUGAUUCUUGUCAAGAGCUUCCCCGGAUCACCUCGGUCUUCAUCACUGCGCCAUCGCAAGCAGGUCGUGACCGCCUGCUACGGAAUCGAGGACAUCUGCCAAGCACGCAAAAUCGGAUAGAAUGAGCGCAGCUAACGACUUGCUCGCGCAGCAUAUCAUUGAGCGAAUGCUCGCAGAUGUAGAAGUGCUGGAGCAAGUUGGCGCCUUGGAGACCGAUUCGGCAAGCACCAUCAGAUCUCAGUUACACCCUCUCUUAUCUGACGAAGGCAGUGCAGUGGCCUCCACGGCGACUGCUGUGAGCGCCUUGAGGAUCUCUGCAGCUGCCCAAAAGCGCGAGGCUCCACCACCCCCCACAUCGGCGUCUUCCGCACCUAAAGAUCUCGCCAAAGCUCUCUGGGCUUAUCCUGGAGAAGAUAGCGAUGAAUUGAGCUUUGGCGUUAAUGACACCAUAGUGGUGACGGAAAGAACGAGUUCCGACUGGUGGAAAGGCCACGUGCAAGGCAGUCCUGCUGUCGUCGGAUUGUUCCCCAGCAACUACGUCGAGGUCAUUGCGUCUUCCCCAGCACCUGCGCGGGCCGUUCCUCCAGCAUAUCGAGCAAGCGUCUCCUCCUCCUCCUCAGCAGUCGCCUCCUCCGAGAAAUCUAGCUCCUCCGCACAAGCGUCCAACGGCGAAAGGUUAUCGACCAUCGGUCCGCCUAAAUGGAAGCCUGGAGUGAGCCGUUGGAGCUCGGGAGCAGCGCAGCCGGAACGAGCUGUCAGUCCCUACUCUACUCCUGCCGGACCCUCGGCUCCUCCACCGCCCGUUAAUCCUAACGCUCCGACACCUGAAGAUCCGGCCAUCGCACAAGCCAAGAGAGAUAGGUUCAAGGGCAUCGGUAACAAGGUGGGCGAUAGCGCCGUCCGCGGCUUCGGUUUUGGUCUCGGUGCAGGCAUGGCAGGCAAGAUUCUUUGAAGCGGUUCUCACGCUUCUUGUCAAGACACACAUCUCUGAUGAGUUCAAAAAUUGGUUCAUUGCAUUCACUUUGCGGCUCGACAAUCUUCCAGUUCUGUUUGAUGAAGUGUCUGUGCCUCGCAAACCCUCCUGUCGAUACGCUCG